AUGGCGGACUUCCUCAGAUCGUUCAACCGCACAUCCCCCUCCGACCGUGAAAGUCCCAUCAUCCGCUUCUCGCACGACCUCGCCGCCCCGAUAUCCCAAUUCCACGGGCUCGAAACCCCGGCCGCACUCCUCACUUGGGCCAUUGAAACGCAUGGCGACAAGCGGUGCCUCGCCCAGCGGAAGAUCAUCGCGCACGUCAUGGAGACGAGAUUACUCGGGGACUGGCAGUACUUCACGUACGCCGAGGUUGGGCAGCGGAUUCGAGAGAUGGGCGCGGGAUUGAAGAAGUUGCUCAAUGGGAGGAAGAUUCAAAGGCUGCAUAUGACUGCUUCAAAUAGGUCUCUGGGGACGGCGGUGACUGGGAGUGAGUGCGUAUGUGCGAAUUGGUUCAUGCUCUCCCAUGCAGCAGAGAUGGUGUCGAUCGAGCUCAUCUGCCUCAACAACCUACUCGGCCAGCGGGAGCUGACGCAUACCCUCACGCAUGUUCCCGCUACGGCGGUGUUCGUGGAGGGUAGUUACCUCUCGAGGCUACUCACUCCCCUCGUCGAAUGUCCCCACAUCAGACUCAUCAUUUACGAGACGGCAUCAGAGGUCGAUACCGACCUCGAGGCGAUAAACCGGGAUGUUAUGACUUUGAAACACGGGCUCGAAGGAAGGAUCAGAAUCAUCAGUGUUGACGAGCUGUGUAGAACCGGACUGGAGGUCAUGGAAAACUGUACGCUCGAUAAACCAAAAGACGCUGGCGGAACAUGGGGCCACAUCUAUGCGAGGACUCUGAAUGAGUACGAGCUGCCAUUCCCGGAUGCUCUGACAAACGGGCAAGUUGCAGCGGGAGUUGCCGGAAUGCACUACGCACUCCAGGACGGGAUUUCAACAGACGAUAUAUACCUCUCGUACCUCCCACUCUACUUCCGUUGCGAAUACAACUUCGUCAAUGCGCUUUUCCUAUUGGGGGUCACCAUCGGCUUCGGGACGCAGGUGGAGACUUUCCUUCUAUCGGCACCCCACAAUCCCAGGUGCUGUCCGGCGAGUUACGGGGACGUGCAAUCGCUCAAUCCAUCGAUAUUCUUCGGAACAAGGGUAUUCUGGGAGGGGAUACACGAAAAGUUGCUGAAGGCGCUGGCGUUGCGUCCAAUUGCGGAGCAGCACGAGUUCUGGAAAUGGCUGGAGAAGAAGCGUGAUGUCAUUGGAGGCCGGUACGCGCCCAUGGUGCACGUUUUUGAGAAGUGGGGACACAUCGCCGAGAUUAGAGAAUCGUUCUUCGGCAACAGGAUCAGAUGGAUCGGAAGCAUAUGUUCGAUGAUGCCGGUCGAAAAAAGGGAACUCCUCGGAUUGGUGUUUGGUGGUACAAGGGGGAUCAUGGUCGAGGGCUGGGGACUUCCGCAUAUGAACUCCGAUAUAUGCUUCAUGCCGCCGCAGCACCACACGAGGAUAGGAAUCGGGCGCCCACUACCGAGCGUCGAGGUAAAGCUGGUUGCCAUCUCGGAAGACGAAGGCGCUCAAACGAGCCGACAUAUCUACCGCGGCCUCAUCAUGAUCCGCGGCCCGUCCAUAGCGAGAGCAAAGACUCCACAGCGCAGAUCGGGAGUAAAUUACAACCUCACGUUGGCUGCACAAUCAUCUUCCGAAGACGACUGGAUCGAAACGGGGAGGUUCGGCGAGUGGAAUUCGAACAAGCAAUCUUUUCGAGUUGUAGGCCACUUGAUUGCUAGCCUUACUUCUCGAUACCUGGCCGAUUACAUUCCCGUUGAGCGACUGGAGGCUACCUACAAGGAGGUCGUUUACGUAACGGAGUGCGUUUUUCACCACUCCUGGAGAUGCGUCAAACCCAUCGCGAUACUUCUGGUUGAUGAACUCACCCUCCGAGGGUUAGCGAUGAACAUCCCCACCCUCUCCCUAGCCAUGACCACGAUGAUUACAGAAGAACUUGAACAGUUUCAGGAGCUCAAGUUGGAGGUCGUCAAAGAUCUCCGCAAACAGGCAUCCUUGCUGGGUCUUGUUGGAUUCGAGCUUGUCGGGGGUGUGGUGAUCGAGUUUGGCACGUGGGGGAAGGCGUUGAGGCGCUCGGACGGGACCCUUGAUCGCGAGAGAAUCAUGGCGAAGUACCGAGACGCUGUUGAGGAGCAGGCGAGGUUGUUGACGGCUGCUGGAUAA